AUGACAGUCUCAAAUCGUAAGCGCGAGCAUCAACCAGAUGAAAUCCAGACUGUCAAUGAGCCUGGCCUGCAGAUUCAAUGCGAUGCAUGUCUCUGUGAUUUGACACAUUCCAUCAGAAUAAAGUGUGCUGAUCCUGUUUGCGAACCUGGGGAUGGGGUUGAUAUUUGUCCGGCUUGUUUUUGUGCUGGGAAGGAGUUUGGGAAACACAAGCGCGGCCAUGCAUACAGAGUCAUCGAAUUACAUUCAUACCCUAUCUUUUCACCAGAUUGGGGCGCCGAUGAGGAGCUUUUGCUUAUCGAGGGUAUUUCCAAGGCAGGAUUGGGAAACUGGCAAAUGAUAGCUGAGCAUAUUGGUACCCGUACCAGUCAAGAAGUGGAGGGACACUAUAAUUCUGUCUAUAUCGACUCACCCGAUUGGCCUCUCCCGAAAGUUAAUGUUGAGUUCGAUGUCGACCCAGACGAAUUCCAUCAACGAAAGCGAAGGCGAAUGGCAGCCCUGAAUACUAUCCCUCCACCUCCGAAAGUUCCACCUACUUCAGCCCCCGGUGUUCAUGAGGUUGCAACCUUUCUUCCAGGUCGUCUCGAAUUCGAACACGAAUUAGAUAAUGAAGCGGAAGAACUGGUCAAGGAUCUCGAGUUUGGGAUUUGCCUUCAGUACGGCGGAGAUCAGAUCAUUGAGGAUGAGAACGAUCCGGAUGUUAAAUGGCGAUGGCAAAUGCUAGAAGAGCGUAAAUCAAACCCCCUGCUCGGCCUGACAUGUCAGCCGUCAAUGAACGGCAUAAACGGCGAUCUUAACGGCCAUUACUCCAUCAACGGGGAUACGUCCCAAACAGUAUUGCAGCCCAAGACCGAGGAGUCUACUACCGAGCCAUCUGGCGGAGACGAUGACCAGAAUGCUGAGGAGCCUAUGCAACCACCACCUUACGAAACCGACGACUCACUGGCGUUCAAGCUGACACUGAUUGAAAUGUACAAUCAAAGAGUUGCGAAACGGCAUGAGGCCAAAGCGAUCAUGUAUGAUAGGGGCCUAUUGGAUUAUAAGAAGAUGCAAGCUGCGGAGAAGAAGAGACCGAAAGAGGAAAAAGAUAUUGUCAAUCGGCUUCGACCAUUCGCGAGGCUUCAAACAGCAGAAGAUUACGAAGCUUUCGUCACGGAUAUUCUUUACGAGGCUGUUCUCCGCAAACGAAUACAAGAGUUGCAUCACUACCGGCGGAUGGGUCUGACAACAGCUGCUGACAUAGACAAGUACGAACACGACACGAUCCGACGGGCCAACAUGACCCGCGAUUACUACCCGUCCGAGCGCCUCAACCAAUUGCGGGCUGGUGGGAGUGGCAGAGAAUCCGAGGGCCGGAAAAGUCACGAAAGAGAGUCUACACCGAAGCUUGUCACUGGUACUGGACCACCUCGGCGAGCGCCGGCACCUCUUAAUCUGGCCAAUAGUCCUUCUCUUCAUCUACUCACACCGGCAGAGCAAACACUUUGUUCCCAAUUGCGUAUCCUUCCCAAGCCCUAUCUUGUCAUCAAGGAGACAUUGGUACGAGAAUAUGCUCGGCGAGGAGGCAAACUUCGACGACGGGAAGCUCGUGAUUUGGUCAAAAUUGACGUCAACAAGACUAGCCGUGUUUGGGACUUUUUAGUUCAAGCAGGCUACCUAAAAAUCACCCCAGAUCCACAGCCCGUUGCUUCACAAGAAGCUGGGUGA